UUUUAUAAAAGCAUUGGAGGUAUUUUUGAUAUAACAUUUUCCAGGCUAUUGUAUUUUAGUAGGGAAAAAUUCUUAUGAGUAGAUUUCACAUUUUAAAAUUCUUUGGCUUUUGUUAUUAGCGAAUUUGGAGAUGCCUAUUUUGAGAAUCAGAUAGUAGUCUAUUUCUUCUUUCCUUUUAGGAUGUCCUUACUUACCCAGAGCAAAGAAAAAAGGAGAGGAGGGUUGUCCAAAGGGUAAUUAGGACAAAAUGCUCCAUUACAAGUGCCAAUUGUUUUGUUUAUUUAUUUAUUUUUUAUUUUUUGUGAGAAACAUGCUAUCAUUUCAUUAUUAGGUAAUGCCUUUAUUAGCGAAUUGUGUAAAAGUGGUCCUUAAUCAAGUUAAAUGUUUAUUGUGGGCUCCGAUUUAAGUUUUCACUGAUAUAUGUCUCAACAUUCUUUAGCAUUUCUUCAGAAAAGGAUUUGCUUCAAUUUCACUUUUAGAUACUCUUUUUUUGGUGUCAUUAAAAAAAAAAAAAUCUACUUGCCCAGUAAGUAUUCCACUGAUAAGUCAAAAGGAACCAUGCGUUUAAUAAAUGACUUGAAGAGUUUGAGUUAAAUUUAUGGUGGCCGCCUAUCUAGGAUUUUAUAUCCCAUGAGUUUCUUUGAAACCUAAAUGUUGACCUCCCACGAGUUUCCUUGACACCUAAAUGUUGUAGGGUUAGGCAGGUUGAUGUAGGACAUCUUGUCUUUUGGUUCUGUUCUUGUUCUUGGCAUUCUUGUCAAGUCUUGAAGUUCUUUUGUGUCUUAUUCUUGGUCUGGCUGGUUUAGUUCUUUGAAACCUCUUGGUUCUUUGGAUGUAAUCUUUUAGUUGGUUGUAUUUUUAUUUCCAGCUUUUAACAUUAUUUCCAGCCACACAAGUUAGUUUCAGCCUAUAUACAGGGGUUGCUAGCUUCGUUAACAAUAAACUUUGUUUCUUUGGAAUAUUGAAACUUUCUCUUUGGGCUUCAUCAAUUGGUAUCAGAGCUUGUUCACAAUUGGAUCCUUGCGACUCAACUAUGGAAUUUAAAGCCUCCCAAAAUCAAUGCUUGCAGUUAGUGGAAGCAUCUAUUGAGGAACUCGAAAUGGAUUCUCGGAAAUGGAACAAUCUUUGACCCAAAUUACUAGCCUUUUAGCCCAAAUAAACAUAUAACCAGUAGAAUAAAGCAAAAGAACUUCAACUUGACAAGAAUGCUAAUAACAAGAAAAGAACCAAAAGACAAGAUGUCCUACAUCUUGGAUUGUCCUGUGAGAUUAGGAGUUUACACAUUGUGGGAGCAUGCCUCUUUGAUGAAUAGUUUACUUGAUCAAUUGAAUUGUUUCUUGUGGAUGAUCGAAGCUUUCACUAAUAAUGUAUUUCUUAGAAUUCCUGGCCAUAUCUUCUACCAGAAAAGAAUUGCUCCAAUUCUAUUUUCUUUUAUACUCUUUUAUUUGUACUAUAGGUUUUUGAUUGCCCAACAUUUCACCAAUUAGUAAUAUAAAUCUUUAGGGGAAAAAAAGGCAAUCAUUAUUGGGAUAAUUAUUAUCCACUGUUGAAAAAUAGAAUAUUUUCCCUAGGGGCAUUUUUGUCUUUUCAUGUGUUCCCUAGGGUUUCAUCUUUUCUAUUUAAACUGUAUCCUCUUGGCAUUACUUUGUAACACAUUAUUAUAAUAAAAGUUCUCUGCAUCGUGGUUUUUUCUCCCUAUACUAGGAUUUUCCAUGUAACAAGUGUGUGCAAUUUUCUCCUCUUUACUUUUUCAUCAUGGUAUCAGAGCAAGAUGAAACCCUGGCCAAAAUUGAGGAAAACCCAACAGGAGAAUCGCAAGGGCCAUCUGGCACCACAAACACAGAAAUUGAAGUUGUCGUUAAAACAGCCAUGGAACGAUAUUUUAAGAUGAUGAUGCCCUGAUUUCAAGAGAUGAUUGGAUCAGCCAUUGACAAUCCGCACGGAUCAAGCUUUGGAUCACACAGGUCUGUUGAUUCCGGCCCUAGUCAGCCGCACGAACAGAUCGGAUCGCACGGGUCAGCCGCCUAUGGAGAUGAUCGGAGAAACCAGCAGAUCUCGGUCGAGUCCGAGCCGGACGCGUCGACCCUCGCCGCCGGUGUUGAAGCCCAGCCAGAUGCUCGCGUUGUUCCAAUCGCACGCGAUGCCCAGCCGUCUGCGAAGUCCAAGCCGCACGCGAAGUUCCACCCUUCGAUUUCUGAUGUCCAGCCGCCUCCGAAGAUGAUACCCAACGUCCAAGCCUUCGAUUUCCGAUUUCCGAUUUCCCAGUCGAACCCAGCUUUCCAACCAUCAUCGUUCUAGCCGUCGGAUGAUACCCAAUUGCGUGAUACCCAUCGGUCGGAUGAUAUCCAGUUGCGUGAUGAACGCGAUGCCCAUCAUUCGUUUUUCCAUGAUGUCCAGCUGCACGAGAUGAACGGAGUCAUAUAGCAAGCUUUGAUGUCCAGAUGUGAUACCCAGUUGCGUGAGUCAGUGCCGAUUCGAGCCACGAGCUUCGAUCUCUUAAGCCAUGUUCUCAAGCCGUUGUCACAUGGCUGCCGAAAUCGCUCGCAAUUCCUUCCAAUCGAGCGGUUCUAAUCCUUUCUAGCCAGCGGAUUUGACUACGUUCAAGAACAGUUGGCCCAGUUGCAGUUUCAAAUUAAACAACAGAAUGAGUCAAUACAACAACAGAUGACUAGUCUUGGAGAGGCGCUUGGAACUACGCCAAAUGGCCAUAACUAUUCAGAAAGCCCGAUAAUCUCUUUCCUUAAUUUAUCUGCACUCAAUUAUUUUCUGGGAAUUCUGCUAGUUGUAUUGUAGGAGAGAAAUUAAAUGGCCAUAAUUAUUUUCCGUGGUCCCAAUCUGUGAAAAUGGCUCUCGAGGGUCGUCAUAAGUUUGGAUAUUUGACUGGAGAAAUACCAAAACCUAGACAAGACGACCCUCAGGAACGCGUAUGGAAAGGAGAGAACUCUCUACUCCGAUCUAUGUUAAUAGGGAGUAUGGAACCCCAGAUUGGAAUGCCCUUACUGUAUGCAGCUACUGCAAGGGAUAUUUGGGAGGUUGUGAAAAAGUUGUACUCACGACAAAAUGGAGCUCGUUUGUAUGCGCUCCGUAAACAAGUCCAUGAAUGUAAACAGGGGACCAUGGGCGUCAUAGCUUAUUUCAAUAAGCUGUCUGUGAUUUGGCAAGAGAUGGAUUUAUGUCGAGAACUGAAUUGGAGCUGUCCGUGUGGAGGAGUUUUGUACUAUUAGUCCGAAGAGAUGGACCGGGUCUAUGAUUUCUUGGCAGGACUUAACCCAAAAUUUGAUGUUGUGCGAAGUCGAAUUCUGGGAACUCGCCCAGUUCCCUCCUCGAUGGAAGUAUGUUCUGAAAUUCGUCUUGAGGAAGAUAGGUCUAAUGCCAUGAAUAACCCAGUAACUAAAUCAACAGAUUCCGCUGCGUUUAAAGUGUCAGGAACUGACAAACAAAAUGGAAAGGUUCCUCCGGUCUGUGAACAUUGUAAGAAACUCUGGCACACUAAGGAGCAAUGCUGGAAGGUUCAUGGUCGUCCUCCAAAUGGUAAAAGACGACAAUCAGGACCUGGACGUGCUUUAGCAAGUGAAUCUACGGCUGGUCAUCAACCACAUAAUCAGGAGACGAGUCAGAACGACUCUAUUAUAGUGGGUGUCAGUGCCAUCGCACAAUCAGGAUCUGAACUCGGAGAUGACGAUUGACACUGCCUGGCAUGAUGGGGGCUCUAUUUCCUUACUGAAGAUACUUCCUCUAGGAUUUGUGAUAGGACUAGUUUAUUGUCUUCCUGUUUGUUCAAUUAUGAGACAGAUUAUAUGUUAUGGCACUUUCGUCUCGGUCAUCCGAGUUUUCAUUAUAUGAAAUAUUUAUUUCCUCAUCUAUUUCAUAAUAUUAAUGUUUCUAACUUGAAAUGUGAUGUAUGUGUCCAAGCUAAACAACCUCGCGUAUUAUUUAAACCCCAACCUUAUAAACCUUCGAAACCCUUUACCCUUUUUCAUAGUGAUGUGUGCGGUCCAUCUCCGGUUACAACCACUACUGGCAAAUGGUGGUUUGUAACCUUCAUAGACGACCACGCUAGGUUGACCUGGUUCUUCCUCCUUACUGACAAGUCUGAAGUCACUUCUGUAUUUUAGCAGUUUUACAAUUCUAUGGAAACCCAGUUCAACUCAAGAAUCACCAUUCUUCGGAACGAUAAUGGUUGGGAAUUCUUUAAUAAUAACCUCGGGGAAUUCCUUGCCUCUAAAGGAAUAAUCCAUUAAAGUUCAUGUGCUUAUACCCUGCAACAAAAUGGCGUGGUUGAAUGGAAAAACCGUCACCUAAUUGAAGUUGCUUGGUCACUCAUGCUAUCCACAUCCCUUCCAUCAUAUCUUUGGGGCGAUGUUGUUUUGACAGCAGAUCAUUUAAUAAACCGAAUGCUUUCUCGGGUCUUAAAAUUCCAAACCCCUUUUGACUAUUUCAAAGAGUCAUAUCCUGAUAAUCGCCUUACCCCUGAUGUUCCACUUCGUGUGUGUUGUAUUUGUCCAUACCCAUGGUCCUAAUCGAACCAAAUUUGCCCCUCGGGCUUAGAAGUGUGUUUUUGUGGGAUACCCCCUUCAUCAAAACGGGUACAAAUGUUACCAUCCUUCUUCCCGCAAGUACUUUGUCUCCAUGGAUGUCACCUUCUUCGAAGACCGUCCUUUCUUUCCCCUUAGUCCUCUUCCGGGGGAGAGUAUAAGUGAAGAGUCCAACUGGGGUCUAAGUCCUUACCUGCCAGACAUUCCUGAGUCCAUUCCCGACACAAGUGUCAAUGCUCCUAUUCUUCCUACCGAGCAAGUCCCAUGGAUCACGUACUAUAGGAGGAAUCUUAGAAAGGAAAUAGUGCCGCCCAUCACUUCUUCGGCUCCAGUACAUGAGUCAGAACGAGUGACAGUUCCAGGUACGAAGCCUUCUAGUCCUAAUAAUGAUAACAUAUGUGGUGAUAAUACUUGUGUUGAAAGUAGUGUAAGCAGAGUAAGCAGAGACAAUACCGAGAAUGUGACUAAUGUGGAUACUGAUCACCAUAAUAGUACUGACAGUAACAGUGGCAAUACUGAGAAUGUGGUUGGUACGGGUGAAGGCAGUAAUGAAUCCCAGGUUCAGACUGAAAAUGUUGAAGAAGAUACAGAUGAGACAAAGCAGGAUACUGAGUAUGAUGAUGAGAAGUCAGAAGAUCAGAAAGACCUAGAUAAGACAAAGCAAGAUACUAAGUGUAAUGAGAAGUCCAAAGAACAGAAAGAUCAUGAUGCC